AUGGGCGGCGCGCCGCUGGCAGGCGUCGUCCCGCCCGGCGGCGCGGCGGUGUUUCACUGGGCCUUCCAGCCGCUGGAGGCCAAGGGCUACUCGGUCGCGCUGCCGCUGGCCCUCGGAGCCAGCGCAAGCGACGGCUCUGGCGCCGGCGGGAGCCCCAUGGAGAUGGUCGUUUCGGGGCGGGGGUACCACCCCCUACAGGAGACGCCGGAAGAGAAUGAGUCAGAGGGCGAGGCGGCCAGCCCUGAGGUGCUGUCCCUCGGCCCCUGCCUCCAGGGGGGCGCCUCGCGGCGCCUCCUGAAGCUCGAAAACACGUGCGGGCGGCCGCUCGCCUUCCGGUUUGACCUAGGGGCGUUCGACGCCGCACUUGGCUGCGGUAGCGUUGGCGGCGGCGGGGAAGGCGGCCUGACGAUCCGGCCCUCAGAGGGCGUUGUGCCGGCCGGCGGCGCGCUGGUGUGCCAGGCCGUUUUUGAGGCUGGGGUGCAGGUGCGCCUUUUCGAGGCCGAGGUGACGUGUGCCGCAUGGCCGGUGGACGGCGAAGAGGGGGCGGUCGUGGCCGCGGCGCAUGGCGGUGGCGAGGAGGUGGGGCUUCAUCAUGGCGUGUGUCCGCGAGAGGGAGACCCUGUUGGGCCGCGGCAGCAGCGGCAGCAGCAGCAGCAGCAGCAGCAGCAGCAGCAGCAGCAGCAGCAGCAGGAGGAGGAGGGUUAUGAGGGGAGCUGCGGGGCAGAUGGGGACGAGGAGGAGAUCAUCGCUCAGCACCCUGAGAGGUUGCCCACACGGCCCCGCGGCACGCUCGACGCACGAGUGAGGCACGCGCGCCUGCCGCUGCACGAGUCCAUGACGGCCGCGGCCCUGGGCAAGUCGGACCUGCUGCGGCGGCGCUUCGACGAUUCGCGGCGCCUGACAGCGCCCGCGCCGCGCGGCCAGACGCAGGCCGGCGGCGGCGGCGCGGCGGCGGCGGCGGCGGCGCCGCGGCGGUGCGAGGUGGUGGUGACGGUGUGCGGCGCCGUGCUCAGCAGGGCGCACGCGAAGGCGGGCAGCUACGUCGCCCGCGAGGAGCGCGAGGAGGCGGCCAGGCUGUGUGCAGAGCGCGACGCGUCCCCCUCGCGCGCCCGGGACGCGUCCCCCCCGCCCGCGGCCCACCUGCGGCCGGCCGCGGCCCGGCAGCAGGCGCAAACCCGCCCUGCAUCAGACGGCAGCCCCUCCGGCCCGCCGGCAGACCCCGGCGUGGACUGCGCCGGCGCUUCCUCGGGGUCAGGUACCCCUGCAGAGGACGCGGGCGCCGCGGCCGUGCCUGCGGCCGCCGUGGACGCCGCCGCGCUCGCGGCUGCGGGGGCGGUGCUGGAUGACUUGGUUGCGGAGGUCUGGGCGGACGCUGACGUGGCGGCCGCUCUCGCGGCGCCGGCCGCGGCGCCACUGCUUGUGUACCGCGGCGGGGGCGUGUUGGAGGAGCUGGCGCAGAGCACCGGCGUUACUGGCGACGACGCGGCCGGCAGCCGCCAGGGGGAGCCUCGGGAGGCGGCCGGCGGGGACUUGGUGGACGAGGGGGCGCUGGGCGGCGGCGGCGGCGGCGGUGCAGGAGGCCGCGGCAGCAGCGGCGGCGGCGGUGCAGGAGGCGGAAGCGGCGCGGCGGCGGGCGGGCCGCAGGGGCGCCGGAAUUGA